GCCUUUGCCCUGCCGCAGCCGCAGGGAGUGGCGCGUCGUCCUCUUUUCCCCUCUGCAGAGAGAGAGAGCAUCGAUCCGCCCGGGUCCCUCCCCUCCCAUCCCCUCCCAUCCCUAGCAGACCGCCGCCGCGUCGGCGCCGCCCCGUCUCCUCCGACAUCCUCCGGUGCGAGGACCACCAGCCCGGCAGCCAACGGCUCCCGGCGUGCACCGCGCCGAGCGCUCCGAGUCGGAGGGAGCGGACGGGAUGCGCCGGCCCGGCGGCGUCUCUUGAGUCUCCGUGUCCCCCCCCACCCCACCCGCGGCAGGGCCGCCGCGCACCCGGCUCCCACCGUCCCUGCCCAUGGGCCGCGGGCCACCGCGAGGAGCAGGCCGAGCGCCGCAGCCGCCUGAGGGACCCUGGCAGGUCACCUGGAUGUCAGCAUGGCAGCCACAAACCUGGAGAACCAGCUGCACAGUGCGCAGAAGAACCUGCUCUUCCUCCAGCGGGAGCACGCCAGCACACUCAAGGGGCUACACGCCGAGAUCCGGCGGCUGCAGCAGCACUGCACAGAUCUAACAUAUGAGCUGACACUCAAAAGUUUCGAACUGACAGGAGACGGCUCUUCCAGAACGACGGAGCUGAAGAGGCGCUGUGAGGAGCUGGAAGCCCAGCUGAAGGCCAAAGAGGAGGAAAACCGCAAGCUGCUGCAAGAACUGGAACAGAAGAACGCCGCCAUCGCUGUGCUGGAGAACACGGUCCGUGAGAGGGAGAAGAAGUACCUGGAGGAGCUGAAGGUGAAGAGCCACAAGCUGAGCAUGCUGUCGGGCGAGCUGGAGCAGCGCGCCAGCACCGUGGCCUACCUCACCUCGCAGCUACAUGCAGCCAAGAAGAAGUUGCUGAGCUCAAGUGGCACCUCGGAUGCCAGCCCCGCCGGCAGUCCCGCACUGGCCAGCUACAAGCCCACACCCCCUAAGGACAAGCUGCCUGAGACACCCCGCCGCCGCAUGAAGAAGAGCCUGUCAGCCCCACUGCACCCUGAGUUUGAGGAGGUCUACAGAUUUGGAGCCGAGAGCCGCAAACUCCUCCUUCGGGAGCCUGUGGAUGCCAUGCCCGACCCCACCCCAUUCCUGCUGGCCCGGGAGUCUGCUGAGGUCCAGCUCAAGGAGCGGCCUCUCGUCAUCCCUCCCAUUGCCUCAGAUCGUAGCGCCACUGGGCAGCACAGCCCAGCCCGAGACAAGCCACAUAAGACGCAUGUUGGGGUGGCUCACCGCAUUCAUCAUGCCACUCCAUCACAGGCCCAGCCUGAGGGAGAGAUGAGGGCCGUGGACCAGGUGAAUGCAAGCAAGGUGGUGCGGAAGCACUCAGGGACAGACCGAACUGUGUGAAGCCUGCGGCCUGCCACCGCAGUCAUCCACACACUGUGAGCGCCACAGGGAACCUCGCCCACACCUUCCUUGCCUACCCAUGCCAAAUGUCUCCUCCUGUUGAAGCCUGGCUCCUGGCUUUAUAGUGACACAAUGCUACAAUGGUGUCCCCGCUGAAGAUAUUACUGGCACUGUGGCCAACGCCUGCAUGCCAAUAGCUUGCUUCCAGCCCCACGCCAUGAGAUCUCGGCGCACUCCUAGAUACAGCCAUGGCUGAAUCACUAUGCCACACAGAACCAGAAUCGCCUGAAGUCAAAGCAGAUAAGGAGCUAUCCCUCCGCAGAUCCAGGGCAGCCUAUGAGAGCAGCAGCCUCGGCUCCAUCCUGGAGACUCCUGCCGUGCACAGUCCCAAGCAGCUGUGGCUCAUGAUCUUAGCAAGAUGACCUCAACCCUAUGUCGCCCCAACCUGAUUGUGUGUUCAUAAUUUUUUUGUUAGUUUCACCCAAAUGUUCAGGAUCCAACAAAUGUUAUUUUCUAAACCCGCC